AUGGCAAUAUUAUUCAGCAAGAAACCAAUUAAAUGUUCCGUAUUAUUAAUUUAUUUUAUGAUUAUUUUAUUUGGCUCAGCUACAUGGUUGACAUGGUCCGGAGUCUGGACAGAAUUACCACUUCUUGUACCAAUUUUACCAGAAGGUUGGCAGCUUCCAUCGAUAUUUAAUUUAGUUACAAAUAUAUCGAAUAUUGGUCCAUUUAUUAUUGUUCUUAUUCGUAUAUUUAAAAAAGAUCGUAUGCAAUCUUAUGAAGUACCACUUAAUCUAUUUAUUUUAGUAUUUGGUGCUAUUGUCUUAAUUUUCUUAGCAUUUCUUUGGCAUAAAACAAUUAAUAAUCAUAGUUUUUAUUUAUUAUUCUUAAGUUUUUGUUUAUCAUUUGUUGAUUGUACAUCAACUGUUACAUUUUUACCCUAUUGUUAUCGUUAUGAAAAAUUUUAUUUAAAUGCAUACUUUAUAGGUGAGGCACUCUCAUCUCUGUUACCGGCUAUACUCGGUUUAAUUCAGGGUGCCGGUGAAAUUAUAUGUACUGAGAAAUAUUCUCAACAGUUAAAUGAAACAUUGAUAACACAGACGUUACUACCAGCACGAUAUUCUAUACGAAUCUAUUUUUUUUGUCUAUUGACAAUUAUUCUAAUGUCACUCAUAGGAUUUAUUGUACUUUUAUAUACAAAAACAGGAAAAGUUAACAAAGAAUUAAGUCAAAUUGAAAAUGAAAAUGCUAAUAAAAUGACAAGAAAAGAAUUUUGGUGGUCUAAACAUGGUUUACUUAUGUUAAUUUUAUUUUGGAGUACAAUAUUUAAUUAUGGUGCACUGCCGGCUUUAAUUACUUAUUCAGUGUAUCCGUAUGGUUUAAAUGCAAAAAUGUCGCCAUGUUCACCACUGGUUGACCGAGUAGUCGGCAAAUAUAUUGUGGCAGGUGUCUGGACUCUCACCGCUCUAACUUAUUAUUGUCAACGUAUAUCAAUCGGUAAUUAUUUUCGUGAAAUUAGUGGACAUCGUGGUUUAUUUUGGUUUGGUGCUAUCAGUCAAUUCGCAUCGUUAAUUGGUGCAAUAUUUAUUUAUUUGUUAACAUCCGUGUUCAAUGAAUUUAAGGAGCGUGAUGUUUGUAAACAUUAUGCGUGUUAG